AUGUCUCCCCAGACGGCCUCUUCGCCAGCCUCACGGGAGACGAGCGAGGGAGAGACGCCCGCCUGGGGCAUCUCGGACGACGACGACGACGAUGACACCUUCUCCUCCGCUCCCGCGCGGGCCACCGGCCGCCAGCCUGCCUCUCCCGGCUCCUGCCUGCUUGUAUUGGAGGCAGCAGAAGAGCGGGCGGCCCGCGGUAGCGCAGCGCCCUGCGAGGGGGACGGCCCAUCCAAGGCCAGAGGCCGUCGAGGCCGCGGCAAAGGCAAGAGCGACGGUCUGGGGCCGAGCAGGGCCAAGCGGAGCCGCCGCAUGAAGGCCAACGACCGCGAGCGCAACCGGAUGCACAACCUGAACUCGGCCCUGGAUGCGCUGCGUGGUGUCCUGCCCACCUUCCCCGACGACGCCAAGCUGACCAAGAUCGAGACGCUCCGCUUCGCCCACAACUACAUCUGGGCGCUUACCGAGACCCUUCGCCUGGCUGAUCAGAGCGUGCCAGCUGGACCGACCCAGGAGGCUGCUUUCCCACCACUGGGUGGCUGCGGUGGGAACCCCGAUGGCCACGCCGCCUGGCCCUGCCCGUGGGAUUCGCCCGGCUCGCGAGAGGGCAGCCUCAGCCCGAGUGACUCUGCGGAGGACCCGCGCACUUUCCGCCCUCCUUAUCUCAGGCUCCCCACCCAGGCGGCCUUUCCAGACUUUCUCUGA